AUGUGUGACUUUGAGAGUCCCUACUCUUGGAAUGUGGACAGACAUGUGAGAAGCCAUUACUCGAAUGGACUCUUCAAGUGUACGAAAUGUAGUUUUGCUUGCGAUAAGAAACAAGCGCUCACCGUUCAUAUGACUCAACACCAUAGAGACAGAGCCGGUGAACAACCAACGGGUGAUUCCGUUGAAGUGGAUCCCAAUCGAGACAUACAACUGAAGAUAGAGGACAGUGAGAGACAAGUAGUAAAUCAAAGUAUUGGUGAAGACAUGGAAGGAGAAGGCGAAUCGUUGGCCCACUUAUUCACACAGAGUAUGGAAGAGGGGCCGCAAACGAGCUCUCCUUCGACUUCGAGUCGAUUGCCGACCACUUUUGUGAGACAAACGGAUGGGAAGAUUGUGGCCAAACAAGGAGUUCUCAAAAAGUGUAAAUAUUGUAACUUUCAAACCGACACUUUUGCUAAACUCCAGAAGCAUGAGGCGGCCUAUCAUCCCGAGAAGAAGUUCAAGUGCCCUCUCUGUGAGAUUAAGUUCGAGAACUUGGUGUGGCUUCAGCGACAUCUGACUCAUAUGCAUCAGGAGGACACUGAGGCCAACAACAUCGUCACCAUUUUGGAACAACUCAAUCCCAAACGCAAACGCAAUAAACCCAUUCCCUCGACAUCCACUCCACUCUCGCAAAGCAUUCCUGAGGUGUUGGCUGAAGGCCUUCCCAAACAACCAAACGUUCAAAUGAAACGCAAACACGCGCCACAAGACAAGAAUCCCACCCAAUGCCAAGUUUGCGGAUACCAAACACGUUGGAUAUCAGAACUUGAGAAGCAUAUGAGAGUUCACACAAAGGAAAGACCCUUUUCUUGUCCUUAUUGUUCGUUUAAAAGCAAAUGGAAAGGAGAUCUGAAUCGACACAUUCAGAAAUAUCACAGUCGACUCCCGAUGCCUGACUUGAAUCUAAUGGAGCAACAGAUUCAGUCGCAAUCAGACGGAAAUCAAACACUCGACCCCUCAAUGGAUUGGACACAAAAACCCAUUCUUCCAGAAUUUGGUGCUGAGAUGUCCGCUGAGUAUGAAAAAGACGCGUCGAUCCUAUCAGGAGAACAAGAUUAUGACGACUACAACGAAGAGAUGGAAGAAAUCAAAAUGGAUGACAAACCACUUCCGGAUGACUACGAAGAGAGACCCCUUGUAUUCGACGACUUGUCGGAUGACAAUGAAGACGCGCCUGAUAUGGGCGAUGAGGACGACGUGGAAAACGAAUUGCAAAUUGAUUUCGAGGACAGAGAGGUGUCGACGCCCACAGAAAACGCGGGCCCUUCUGACUCACCCCAUGAGGUGACCAAAUCUGGCAAAGUAAAGAUGUAUCGGUGCUCGUACUGUGACUUCACGUGCAGUACUGCCAGUCGUUUUCACGUGCAUUUCGUGCAACAUUUAAAUACAAAGCCAUUCCAGUGUUCAGUGUGUGGCCACCGGUCUAACUGGGAAUGGGAUGUAACCAAACAUAUUAAGAUGAAAUCCCAAAGAGACCCCAAGCACGUGGACGCCAAAGCCAUGCUUGUCCACGAGUCGGGCAAACGAGACUAUUCCAAGUAUAAUAAGUACGUGGUUUGGGUCAACCAGAGGGAAGUGAUGGCCAAUAAUACCUCUAAUCCCAAGAUUGACUUCAGAGCCAAAAGGGCGCGCUUAGAGCCAACCGAUGGCGUCGAAUACGAAGACAAUGACAUGAAUCAGACCAAUGAAGUGAAAUAUGAAGUGGAAUAUGAAGAGGACAACAGUUACAACUGUCCCGAUCCUGAGAGUAUUGUCAUCACUCCAGACAUCUGUUUUGAAGUCCAGGGCGAAGACCCAACUAAUGCUAACGUGGAGUACAAUCAAGGCUUCAAUCCUGCCUUUCAACCCAAUGUUCCCUACAAUUCAAACCCCACUCCAUCUGCUUCUGAAGACUUGAGACUUCUUCAGUGCUCUUACUGUGAAUUUAAGCACAAAGAAAGCAAAGUAAUGGUGAGUCACUUGAGUAGUCACGCCGGUAUGAAACCCUAUCGAUGCCGGCGCUGUGGCUUUGACUCUAACUGGAGGGAAGUGGUUGUCCGCCAUUGCAUUGCGAGACAUCAAAGCAAUUCUGAAGACGUGGAACAGCGAUUCAGAUGUACUGUCAAUAAGACAAUGUGCAAAAUAAUUGAUGACAACAUUGCGCCCAAAGUUAUCAACUCUGCCCCGGCAUCUCAUCUGCCGAGUGCUGUUCAAGCCUUUCAAGAAUCGCAUCAAAGCGUACGGAUCAGUGGCUUUAAAGGAAGUUUUCGUUGCGAUUUGUGUCCCUUUAGGGCUGAGAAAGCGUUUCACAUGGAUUUCCACGUUAAACGACAUCAACCUUCCAGUGGACCGUUUAAAUGCCCGCACUGUCCCUAUUGGGUGAACGCAAAGAAGUCGUUAGUAAAGCACAUGCUUUUGCACGCAGACAACGAUAAUAGUGUGACCCGUGAGGACAAUAGGGCUCAGAAUAGCGCCAGUAUUGAGACCGGAGUUGAAGGCUUUAAUGAGAGCAGCAGUCAAUUGGAUGACGAUAUGGGCGACGAUAACGAGAGUGAGAACGGAUUAGUCAUAUAUGAGAACGAAGACAAUGAGAGUCAGGUUUUCAUGAAUCAGAGAAAUUUAAACCCAAUGGCCCGACAGUCGGCGAGUUUUCACCGCCCAAAUAGGAAUUCUUCGUAUUCUUGUACUCUCUGUACUUAUUCUGUCAGUUAUCUCCAUCUCCUGAACCAACACAUGAAAGUCCAUUACCAGAACUCCGGUGACAUUCAGGAGCCCAUCAAUUAUUGCGAAAUACCUCCCGAAGCGGACUCGGAGUUUAUGGAUGAAUCCGAUGAUAGAGACGAGUCUGACAUCCCAUUCACUUGGGUUCAGAUCGGAAACAAUAAACGCAAACUAUUUCAGUGCCGCUUCUGUUCGACUACUUCUAAGAGGAGAACCUAUAUCUUCGUUCACGAAAGACUCCAUUCAACCAAUAAUAACGAGACCUUCAAGUGCUCGCGCUGUCAGUUCGAGACCCGAGACUCCAAUCACUUCUUGUCUCAUCUCAAUCAACACAAAAUUGAUGAAAAUGAAGCACAAAAUGCAUCAGAUGUUCAAAAGUCUCCAUCAAAUGAGACUAAAUUCGGUGCGCCUUCAGUCUCAGUGAUUGACGUCAAUAACAUCAGACACGGAAGCAGAAGAAUGUUUUCAUACGUGUGCCCCGACUGUCCGGCGGCCUUCAAAAGUCCUGGAGAUCUGAAAAUUCAUUCCGCUUUUCACGGCGCAGAACAUCCACAUCACUGUCCGUAUUGUAACUAUAAAGCGAAGAAUAAGCCACAGCUCUGUAAGCACCUGUACGUCCACACGGCUGAGUACAUCACUAAGAGAGCCAACUCCUAUCCCGACGGCACUAAACUUCUUAUCGGAGACGCUGUCGAUCAUAUGAAACGCGAUCUCCGGUCUCCUCAGAUCGACAAUUCGGUUGCAUUCCAGGCCCAAUCGGGCGCCACUUCUUUGCUCAAGAAGACUGACUCUCAGUCCAGCUCUAUGUGUGAGGCGUCCACUCCUUUGUCGGGUUCAGUCGCCACUCAAAUAGUUCCCAAAAGGGCCGCACUUUUCUCCAGUGUUGGACAGACUUCUCGACAACAAAUGAUUUUAUUAGAGAUGAAUGAAUCGAAUGCUUAUUUGGAUAAAAUCAGAUCAGGAGUUAAGCAUCGAUUUAUCUACAGGUGCUCUCAUUGUCCGGCAUUACAUAACUAUCAAUCGUAUGCUUCAGUUUCUCACUCCGUAUAUAACCACCGGUGCCAUCGAUGUCCGGCCGCCUUCUCCAAGAAGUCACGCCUCGAAAAACAUGUGACACUUCACGGACUCGACGCUAAGUGGAAGUGCGAUCAAUGCGAUUAUGCCGUCCAUUACGCGGCGACACUCGUUAAACACAGAGCCUGUCAUCAAAUGAAUCCUGACUUUAAGACCGAUAAUGCAGACAAUCAUUUGGAGGCAUCAGAACUCAAACAAAUGGCUAACAUUCAAGAGUCAAGUGACACCACCAAAGACACCGAUUUGAAUAAAAAGUCUCAAAUCAGUUCGUCGACAUCAACAGAGGCCAUACCUCUCGCAGACAAUCCCAACGCCGAACCCAAUGAGAGUGAGAAGGAAGAGAAGAUUCUCUUCUGUUGCGAUCGCUGUCCUUAUGUUCACCACCGAAGAGAUGCCGUUCAGAGUCAUCUCAAACGACACGACCAACAGAUCCGUAACGUUCGCGACGGAAAACAGUGUCCGUAUUGUGACUACACAUGCCUUCAGCCCUCAUAUCUAAGAGAACACAUUCAGUGGCACUUCGAGCCCAUUCACGAGCGUAGACCAGCCCUCUUCACAUACUUCAAUGAUAUGGAGGUUUGGAAAUUAGAAACUCUUGAAUGCGAACAAAAUGGACACAAAGAGGACGACAAGAGUGAAGGAGAAGCCAAGCAAUUGUUGUUCAAAGAUCUCGGAAUCAAUUACGAUAUUCAGCAACGAUUCGAGCCCUUAGAAAGCGACGAAGAGUUGUAUGAAUUGUAUAACGGAUUCGAAAACAACUAUUCCGACAGCGAUUCCGAAGAAGACAAACCUCCAGUUGACGAGUCGAGUGAUGCCAUUCCCGCCAAUGAGUUGUGUUGA